GUUCUUAGCCUCCCGUCUUCUACUGGCCUCCCGUUACAGCCCGGUGCACCACUGCCUGCUCCUUCUUACACUGAGCACACAGACUCGCUUACAGAGCGUCGUGAACCUGCAUCUCGUCCUGCCUCGCCUGUUCGCGCGCGUCGCACUGGUAGUCGUGUUCCUCGUGAGCGUCCGCCUCCUGUCCCUGGCACUCAUGCUAUGGCACUUCGUCCUUCCUCUGUUCCACAGCGUGUUCCCCUACCGUCUCCUCCUCCGUCUUCUCUGCCAGACAUCCAGGACCCUGAGUCUAACCUGGAUCGUGCUGCUCACCCUACUGUUACGCGUCUGCUAGCCACUGUUGUCACUGACCCGUCGUUUGAGGCUGCUGCUGCGUCUGCCUUAGUCUCUGAGCUUGUUAACUUUGUUGUUGCCUGUUGUCUCGACUUCGCUGCUAGUCUUGUUGCUGAGUCUUAG